UGGUGUACUCUCAUGUCCCUGUUUCGGUUGCUAGGGGAGAGAGACGGUCCAUGGCAACGCUUUACGCAAACUCCACGCUCCAGAGAAAGAGAGAGAGAGAAACGCGAGACAGCACUGAACGCACAACAUUGGAAAGAAACGGACAUCGAGUGGAGCGCUUCAGGAAACUUUAAACCGACGUCUCAGAGGAUUUUGUCCGAUUUAGGACCACGCAAAGCGGAGUUACAGUUUGCUAUCAUCAGUUCGGUUCACAUUGCCGCCGGCCAGGUCAAAGCGAGACCGGGAUCCACAGACCGGGCAACCGGACAAGAGCUGUGUGUGUCGGCAGAGAGACGCUCAGCACCAGGGUUCACACAAACAGACUGAAACGCUUAGUUUGUGACUGUAAUGUGAGUCAAUUAAUGCUUUUAACAAACGAUAUACUUUAAAAUAGUUAAAUAAAUAACUAAUUAGCUAUGAAAACGGUGCGUAAUUAAUAUGCAAAAAUUGGCAGCUACUUUGACACUCAUCUGUUAACUUAGAGAUUACAUUAGAGACAAAAUUAAGCUUUCUUCCUGUUACAAUUAUACUUAUUUUUACUACUACUAUUACUACUACUAUUAUUAUUAUAAUCUGUUCUAUAGCAUAUAGUUUUAUAAAGAGUAUUUUUAAUUGGCACAAUCCACACAAACAAGCACUCAGAAUAUGGCUCCUUGCUGGUAUCACUGCCGUGUUUGCUGACGUUGGACCUCGUUGUACUCGGACUGAGGGGAAGCCGCCUGUAGUCAGAGCACCAUGUGUCGCUGUGCUGGCUCUGUCACUGCCGGGUCAAUCCUACUGAGUGAAACUGACACGGGGAGGGGGGGCCAGCCCCACAGACCGCCUCACCCUCUUACCCCGUCCUGAAACACACUCUCACGACACACACAGACAAGCGCCGGGCUAGCCGGCCGAGGGUAUGGGCAACUCGUCCCGAAAAGAGGCCCAGGACGAAGGAGGAGAGGAAAAGGAGAAGAAGGAUAAAGAGAAGGGAGAUGAAGGCGAGGAGGAGGAGGAAGAAGCGGCUGAGAAAGAAGAAGAAGAGGAGGUCGUGGAGGACGAGGAGCUGCCGCUCGGAGUCGACGAGCUCUUGGCGAGCGGAGAUCCGGUGUUGGACCUGAGCUACUACAAGUUCCGUCGCCUUCCUCGUCAAGUCCUGGAUCUGGAGUACCUGGAGAAGCUCUACGCCUGUGGAAACCGUCUCCGUGACGUUCCUAAGCGUAUCACGCGGCUGCAGGGUUUGCGUACCCUGGCGCUCGACUUCAAUAAGCUUGAGGACGUUCCUCUCUCGGUGUGCCAGCUGACUAAUCUCACGUGUCUUUACUUGGGAAGCAACCGGCUGAUGAGCCUCCCACCGGAAGUGAGGAACCUGCAGAACUUACGUUGCCUCUGGGUGGAGAGCAACUACUUCCAGCGAUUCCCCAAGCAGUUGUACGACCUUCCCAGUUUGCGCUCACUGCAGAUUGGGGACAACCGCCUGCGCACCCUUCCCUCGGACCUAUGGCGCAUGGAGUCCCUGAGAGGACUCUGGCUGUACGGUAACCGCUUUCAGGAGUUUCCGCGAGUGCUUCUCAAGAUGGAGCAGCUGGAGAUUCUGGACAUGGACCGCAAUCGGAUAUCAGAGUUUCCAAACUUGCAUCAUCUUCCCGGGCUGCGACUCUUCUCCUACGACCACAACCCUGUGAAGGAGCCACCGCGUGUAGGGGAGGAGGUGCUUAUCGUCGGGGAGGGGGCUGAGGAGGUGUUGCAGGCUAGAGAGAGAAGGAGAGAGGCAAAAGAACGAGCGGAGAAGGAAGCGGAGGAGGCGGCAGCCGCAGCGGCAGCAGCAGCUAAUCCGGUCAUUCACGGAAUACUCAAGAAACUCCGGAUGAACUCCGCCCUUAACCUGGCAGCUGCUAAGGAGAAGGAAACAAAUGAGUCGGUUCCAUCAACAACCCCAUCUGGGGAUGAGAACGGAGCACAAAAUAAUGAUGAAGGGGCGGAGUCUGAGAGACAAGGUGUGGCGUUUGAGGAGGCGGAGCUUGGUUAUGACGACGGCGGUCUGGAGUAUGAAAGGGAGGAGCUAAUCUGCGAGGGGGAGGUGUAUGAAGGCUACGAGGGGGCGGAGUUAGAGUAUGAGAGAGCGGAAAUGGACUAUGAAUAUGAAGGGGAGGAGCAAGAACAACCUUGAUA